AUGGCAGGCAGUAAAAGAUCCUGCAGUGGCCUAAAGAUCUGUUUUCUUGCUACCUUUGUUCUCUUAAUCACAAUAUCUGUGGUUCUAGUUAUCUUGUAUUUUACUGUUUUCAAGCCUAAGGAACCAAAAGUUACUCCUCAACCUCUUAUCCUGGAAAAUAUUCGUGGGGUAUUCUUUCCAGCUCCAUUGUUAAAUAUCACAUUAGGCAUGGAAAUCACGGUCGAAAAUCAAAAUUAUGGAAGCUUCAAGUACCAGGAGAGCGCAGCUUAUGUUAGUUAUAGAGGGAAUGUCGUUGCCGAAGCUCCGAUUGAAGCCGACACCAUUCCAGCUCGAGGGAAACAUAAUAUAUCUACCACUGUGACUAUUUUUGGAGAUAAGUUGUUAUCGGAUGAUAACUUCAGGAGAGAGUUUCUUCUAGGGUCGAUCUUGAAUUUUACUUCAGCAACAACCUUGUAUGGAAAAGUUAUCUUGUUCAAGUUGAUCAAGGCAAAAGCCACUAGUUCAUGCACUUGUGAGGUCUCUAUCUUUUUCCAAGAGCAGCAAGCUGAAUCAAUUUGCAAAUCCAAAAUCAGGUUGUAA